UCUCACAUAUAUAUCAUAUCGACUUCUUUCUCAUCUUCGCAUCUCUACUGUAACUAACCAACCAUAUGGAGGAAAUGAGGGAUAGAGAUGAAAUCAACACAUUGGUUCUCAAUGUUGACUUAGAGAGACAAAAUAUCAAUGGUAUUAGUGAUGAUGAAACAAAUGAUGAUCCUAACAACAUAGUGAAUUUCAAUGUUGGUGACCUAGAGAGGCAAAAUCUCAGUGAUUAUAGUGAUGAUGAAACCAAAGAAGAUAUGAUCAUAAGUGGCGUUAGAGAAAAACAAAUGACGAAUAAAUUAUCUAGACUUGAUUCUUUUGAGAAAGAUGCUUGCGUAGUAUCUCAAAUGUCCAACACUACUAAGGUUGCAUCAUUAGCUGCUGUAUUAAAGUUAGCAUUCCAAAGCAUUGGAGUUGUUUAUGGAGAUAUUGGAACUUCAGUACUAUAUCUAUUUCCGAGUGUUUUUAGUGAUAGAGUUUCAACUCAUAACAACAUUGUGGGAGCUCUGUCUCUCAUUAUUUACUCCCUCACUCUUUUCCCUCUAAUCAAAUAUGUCUUUGUUGUUCUUCAAGCCAACGACAAUGGUGAUGGUGGAACAUUUGCUUUGUACUCGUUGAUAUCUAGACAUGUGAAAGUGAAUGACAUCCCGAUUCCAAGUAGACAACAUAGAAGUGAAGAAAUGAGACUUUCGGCUAACAAAAACUCGAAGAGAGCUGCAAAGAUUAAAGAUUUCAUUGAAAAUUCAUCUUUUGCAAAAACUAGUCUUCUCAUUCUAGCUCUCCUUGGUACUUGCAUGGUCAUUGGUGAUGGGAUCUUGACUCCUUGUAUUUCGGGUGCUCGUUUUUUCUCUAUAUGGUUUGUAUUAAGGAGGUUGCCAUACUUCAUUCUAUUUACUAGAGAGGGAGACCAAACAUAGUAGACUUUAAUACAAGAGUUAUCUUAUUUUCCUUCAGUUUUAUCAGUUGUGGAUGGAGUAAGGGAAAUUGAUGCAAGGCUAAGUAAAGAUGUGGUGGUGUGGAUGUCAGUAGCAAUUCUGAUAGUUUUUUUCUCCAUUCAACGAUUUGGAACCGAGAAAGUUGGAUAUGCAUUUGCACCAGCUAUCUUAAUUUGGUAUUUAUGUAUUGGGAUCAUUGGUUUGUUCAAUUUGAUCAAACAUGAUAUAAUGGUUCUUAAAGCUUUUAACCCUUUUCAUAUAAUUCAAUACUUCAAUCAAGACCCAAAAGAGGCUUGGAUUUCUCUUGGAGGCAUUAUCCUUUGCAUGACUGGUAAAUAUUUCAACAGUAAAAAUUUCUUAACUGUGUACCUUUAAGAUUUUAAUUUUAUUAGUUACACAAUUCUAAUAAAUUAUGAUCUAAUUGUAUAUAUAUCUUUGUUCAUAGGAACCGAAGCUAUGUUUGUAGGACAUUUCUCUGUACGAUCGAUUCAGAUUUGUACUUCAGUUGACAUAAACGAUAGAAAACAGUCACUUGUAUAUUGAUUAGUUUAAUAUAAUUAUUUUCCUAAUUUAAUUAAUUUUAUUAGUUUGUACUUCAUUUCUCUUGCAUAUUGAUGGUACUAAACUUUGUUGUAAUUGCUCAUACUGCUUCAGAUAGCAUUUAGUGGGUUAGUAUAUCCAUGUUUGCUCUGUGCAUAUAUUGGACAAGCCGCUAUCUAUCCAUGUACCCAAAUAAUGUCUCUGAUGCAUUUUACAAAUCCACACCGGAGACUAUGUACUGGCCUAUGUUUAUAAUAGCUGUACUAGCAUCAAUCAUUGCUAGCCAAGCAAUGAUUUCUGCAACACUAUCGAUAGUGAAACGGACUAUGGCUAUGGGUUGCUUCCCUAGAGUUUGAGUAGUUCAUACUUCGGAAAUACAUGAAGGCCAAAUAUACAUUCCUGAAAUCAAUUUUUUUCUGAUGUUCGCUUGCGUGUUGGUUGUCAUUGGCUUCAAGGAAACUUCUAUGAUCGGGAACGCUUAUGGGAUUGCAGUGGUUGCAGGGGAGUUGGUAACAAGCUCAUUGCUGGUAUUAAUAAUGCUGAUGAUAUGGAAAACAAAUUUUCUUGUUAUCGUGCUCUUUGUUCUUCUUUUUGGCUCAUUCGAACUUGUUUACUUCUCUUCUGUGUUCUACAAAUUCGAUAAAGGUGGAUACUUACCUCUAUCAUUUGCUGGAGUUUUGUUUUUUGUAAUGUAUGUCUGGCAUUACGUACAAACAAAACGCCAGAACUUCGAAAUCAAGAAACAACUAUCUAAUCAGUGUCUAGCAAAUCAUAUAUCUGAUUCAAGCAUCACAAGAGUCCCCGACGUGGGCUUACUUUUUACUGAGUCAACUCAUGAUGGAGUUCCCACAAUAUUUUCUCAUUUGCUCUCAAAUCUUCGAGCUAUACACUCCGUGAAGAGGGUACCAACUAACGAAAUUUUUUGUAUUUAGAAGAGUUGGAACCAAACAGGUAAUGUACAAGUGUGUAGUCAGAUAUGGGUAUAGAGAUACCGGACUUGUAAGUGAAGAAUUUGAGGACUUGCUGAUGGAGUAUCUCAAAUUGUUCAUCCAAACAGAAAAUGGGAACCAUAUGUUUGGCGAGAAGUUAGAAGAUGUCAGCAAAUCACAAAGAGAAGAAGAAGAAAAGGAAAUUGAAUUCCUGGAAGAAUCAAGAAAACGUGGGGUAACUCACAUGUUGGGUCACAGAAAAGCAAAAGCUAGUGAAGGAUCUUGCACGCUGAAGAGAGUUAUCAUAAAUAAUGUUUAUGAUUUCUUAGAAACGAAUUUCCGGCAAGGGUUUGUAGGUCUACAAAUCCCAAACAAGAAGUUGUUACAUGUCGAAAUGAUUUACGAUAUAUGAUGAUUAAAUAGGUUGGUAUGAGCUAUUGCUGUCUUCUUAGGGUCUUAAAUGGGUUAUAGAUUGGAAGCAUUGUCAAACAAGUCAUUGAGUCUUGGCAGAAGGUGAAAGGGACUUUUGAAGCUUUCAGAUCGGAUAGCUGUGUGAUUUGGGCUAUCUGCAAGUGUAGAAACAAAAAGGUGUUCAACAACAAAAACCAAAACACUGCGAGCAUCAUAAGGGGAGUUCAUUCCUGGUUUGAGUACAGCACUCCUCAAUAUCUGCACGAGAAUAAUCAAGAUAAAGCUCCUGUCAGAAUGAAGUGCAUGUUAUAAAUAGAUGCCACCUGCGAUCAACUGGGCUAAAAUUAAUGGGGACGCGGCGUUCCAUAACUUUGAAGCUGGCUGGGCAGUGGUUGCUAGGGACUCAAAUUGCAAAUUUAAGGAAUGACUCAUUUCUCAACCCAGUGGAAGCUGAAUGUGAUUUUGCGGUGAACAACGCUAUUUUGGAUCAUCCGACGAUGUAAUUUUAUCUUUGCAAGUAAUUAGGAAAUAAUAUAAAUCCUGAUAGAGCAUCAUAUCAUUUGUACAGCCUACGCUGCACUAUAAGACACUCCAA